GGCGUUUCAAACCCUGAAGCGAAACAGAAAAAAACAAGAGAAGAAAAGCUUGAAGCAGGAAGAAUUUAUGAAAAAACUGAUAGAGAAAGAAGUUACUUGAACUCUUGGAAAAAAGACUACAAGUGGUUAACUGACCCUGUUGAUUUUCUUUUUUUUUUUGAUGAAGAAUCGAACUCUCAAAACUGUAAAGUUUGUAUCAGUGAGGGAGGAUCAGGGUCAUUUGUGACUGGCAACAAAAGUUUUAAAAUUGAUGUUGUAGAAAUUCAUCAUCGUUCCAAAACCCACCAAAAAUUUACAAGUUCUUACUUACGACACUUAUUUAGAAAUGCUUAUUAUGUUGCUAAACAAGGAAAACCCUACACAGACUAUAUUACAUUAAAUCAAUUAAGUCAAGCACAAGGUCUAGAAAUUGGUAAGACUUAUUUGACAGACAAAUAUUGUGAAAAGCUCAUUAGCUGCAUUGCUGACACUAUAAGAAACAAGCAACUUGAUGAAAUAAAUAAAAGCAAGUUUGUGAGUGUAAUAAGUAAUGGCGCAACAGAUACGGCUUUCAAGGAGGCGGAGAUAGUCUAUAUACGCUCAGCGGUAGAAGGAAAGUUAUAUUUAUAUAAUUAAAACUUGAAGUUCAAGCUUUUGCUGCAUUUCCCAUAAAUAUUUUAGAAAAUCAUAAAUGAGUUACCACAAAUAUUCUUUUGUAACAGUUGUCUUUAACUAGUGCCUUUAACCACUGAGUGCAAACCUAAAAUUCGUUUGAAAAAAUAUAUCCUAUUAUGUAAAGUAACUUACUGGUUUCCAACAGCAGCGCUCAGCCUUUUUUCUCUUAACAGGUUCAGACAAACUUCCUUGGUAUCACUAAUGUCGAGAAAGCAGACAGUUCACAUAUAUCUGGUGCAUUAUUAAAACGCUUGACAAAGGGUUGGAAAACUGGUGUGAUACAAUUGUUGGAAUGGGGACAGAUGGGGCUAGUGUGGUGCUGGGUGUGAAAAAAUGGUGUUGUUGCGAAGAUGAGAGAACACACAGGACAUAACAUAUUCGCCAUUCACUGCUCUGCUCAUAGACUGGAGCUGGCCUACAAAGAUUUUUUGAAAGAUGUAUCAUCCAAGAUCAUUGACAAGACUGAUGCUUUACUGCUGAACCUUUAUCUAUUCUACAAGUACAGCCCACUCAACAGAGCUAAUUUGAAGAGAUCUUAUGACACGCUAGGGUUGAAAAUGAAGGUGCCAUCAAGGGUGGGAGGAACAAGAUGGCUGCCCCACACCGAAAGAACCCUUAAGACAGUUCUGUAUGGAUACGAGGCAAUCAUUCAACAUCUUGAUCAGAUGUAGAGUCCAGAUGUAUAUCGAAAAGAUGCUGCGGCUGAAGCAAGAAACUUUCUGAAACUGAUGAGAGAUAGAUCAGUAAGGUUCUGGUUACAUGUCCUGCUGGACAUUGUGUCUGUACUGAGCAGAACUUCAGAGACAAUCCAACUGAAGAAUGCAUGUCUGAGUGAUGUCUGGAACCAGCUGGAGUCGGCUAAAGUCAUACUU